AUGAACAGGUACAUAACACUGCACCAGUUGGGGGAUGGAACCUACGGAUCCGUGGUGCUGGGACAGCGUAAGGACACCGGCGAAAAGGUUGCCAUCAAAAGAAUGAAACGCAAGUAUUAUUCAUGGGAAGAGGCCAUGAAUUUGAGAGAAGUUAAGUCUUUGAAGAAAUUACACCACAGCAACGUGGUGAAACUGAAGGAAGUAAUCCGUGAGAAUGAUGUCCUUUACUUCGUAUUUGAGUAUAUGCAAGAGAAUUUGUACCAAUUGAUAAAAGAUAGGAGGGUGCCUUACCCCGAAUCCAUAGUUAGGAAUAUGCUGUACCAGAUACUUCAGGGCCUUGCGUUCAUUCAUCGCCACGGUUUUUUUCAUCGCGACUUAAAACCAGAGAAUAUUUUGUGCUGCGGUCCAGACUUGGUAAAGAUUGCAGACUUUGGUCUGGUUCGGGAGAUCCGAUCAAGGCCUCCGUAUACAGACUACGUUUCGACCAGAUGGUAUCGAGCACCAGAGGUCUUACUGCAUUCGACAACGUAUAGUAGCCCCAUCGACUUGUGGGCAGUCGGCUGUAUCGCAGCUGAGAUCUACACCUAUCGACCUUUAUUUCCUGGAACCACUGAAACCGAUCAGCUCUAUAAAAUAUGCCAAAUUCUAGGGACCCCUGAUAAAAAAAAAUGGCCAGAGGGAUACCAGUUAGCUGGAGCUGUUGGCUUUAAGUUUCCUUACUUCAGCCAGACGCCUUUGAGCGCCGUUGUGCCACAAGCAAGCCAAGUCGCCGUGAAAUUAAUGGACAUCCUGAUGGAUUGGAACCCCUCCAACAGGCCAACGGCCCAAGCUGCUUUGAAGCACACGUACUUCCAGGUUGGCCAACAGUACACUGCAUUAUUAGCGCCCGAUAACUUCAAUCAAUUCGCCUUGCUGAAUAAUUCGAGCAAAUCACUCUAUUCCAUCAAGAAUCCAAACAUCAGCGAGAACAGUAUACAGCAUGUGACACAACAGCCUAAAGCUCAGAUCACCAUGCAACCUUUGAUAAAACCAAUUCAGAUCACAAGAAACCAGCCGGUCCAAGCUGUAGCUCCCAUUGUUUAUAGCUUCGGUCAGAGCGAUUACAAUAAUAGGUACAUACCGGAUAAUCAAAUAAAGAAGAUUCCUUGGAACAAAGGGGAGAACGGCGAUGGCGACGAUAAUGUUACGAAAAGCAACAAAUUGAAUAAUGCUAAAGAAAAUGUUGUGGAUUUAAAGUGGACUAGUUUGCAGGAUAUCAUGGAACCGAAGAAGUCGGUGGCUUCUGCAAAAAGUCAAUACUUGUCCGUUUCUAGAUACAUCGCUGGUCAAACGACGGAUCUGCAUGGAAAGAAUGGCAUCAAUAAUUUUAAUAAGAAAGCAGGUGAUGUGGGUUUGUCGUCGAUUUUUAAUGAUAGCAUGUUAGAUUUUCAAGGAAUUCCAUCGGGAAAACAAAGGACUUUGAAGAAUAUUACGGGCAAUGCAGUUUCGCACGGGAGGACGGAUUGGGCAGCUAAAUAUCUCAAAUGAGUUUAGAAGCAACGACUGUGAUAGAAUAUAACAUAAAUUUAUCGUUACAAUAAAAUAUCUCUAUAUACAAAAAAAC